AUGGCAUCAGCCACUGUUGACGCCGACGAUACUCUUGAACCUUCUCUCCAAAACCUCAUCGACCAAAAAUCCUUGCGAUGGAUCUUCGUUGGUGGAAAAGGCGGCGUGGGCAAAACCACAACGUCCUGUUCUCUUGCAAUCCAAAUGGCCAAAGCUCGAAAAUCCGUGCUGCUGAUCUCAACAGAUCCCGCACACAAUCUGAGCGAUGCGUUCAGUCAGAAGUUCGGCAAGGAUGCUAGACUGGUCGAGGGUUUCAGCAAUCUGAGCGCCAUGGAGAUCGAUCCGAAUGGGAGUAUCAAUGACCUGAUCGCUUCCGGUGGAGAUGAGGCGCAGGACGCCAUGGCCCAGAUGGGUGGUAUGGGUGGAAUGAUGCAAGAUCUUGCCUUCAGUAUACCUGGUGUUGACGAAGCAAUGUCCUUUGCCGAAGUGCUGAAACAAGUCAAAUCCCUAUCCUACGAGGUAAUCAUCUUCGACACUGCUCCGACCGGCCAUACCCUCCGCUUCCUCCAAUUCCCUACCGUUUUAGAAAAAGCCUUGGCCAAAGUUUCCCAAUUGUCAACACAAUUCGGUCCCAUGCUUAACUCAGUCAUUGGUGCUCGAGGCGGGCUACCUGGCGGCCAGAGCUUGGACGAUCUGAUUCAGAAGAUGGAGGCAUUGCGCGAAACCAUCGGCGAAGUCAAUACGCAGUUCAAGAACCCCGAUAUGACGACCUUUGUGUGCGUGUGCAUUGCUGAAUUCCUCUCCCUCUACGAGACCGAAAGGAUGAUUCAAGAGCUGGCGAGCUACGAAAUUGACACCCACUGCAUCGUCGUCAAUCAGUUGUUGUUUCCCAAAAAGAGUAACCACUGUGAGCAGUGUAAUGCGAGACGAAAGAUGCAGAUGAAGUAUCUGGAUCAGAUUGAAGAGCUGUACGACGAGUUUAACGUGGUGAAGAUGCCGCUGCUGGUGGAGGAGGUGAGAGGCAAGGAGAAACUGGAGAGCUUUUCGGAGAUGCUGGUUCAUCCAUAUGUUCCACCAGAGUAA